AUGGGUGCUCAUUCUAGCAAAAUAAAGAACCAUGAUCGAUAUUCAAAAAUCACCUCCGAUCUCACCUCUGAUCUGACCUUCUACCGGGAUUCCUGUCAACGCGAGCCAUUUCUUCAAUCAUUCGAUUCAAGCAUCAAACAAAGCACCAGCCGAGUCAUCAACAGCCUCUCAUCCGACGUCGGGGACCGGUCACUCUCUCUUGACUCACUGAGAGAGCUCACAGACUGCAUCCUCAAGCCGUAUCAAGAAGUGGUCAAACUCAUUCUGGAAUGCAAAAAUGACAUAUUGAAGAACAAUUACUUGCUUGAUUUUGUGAAGGACUACUUCGACAACAGUGGUCUGACUUUGGAUGUUUGUAAUGCCCUCCAGAAGUGCCUCAAUCGUGCCCGAGACAGCCAACUGACGAUUCAACAUGCUAUAGAUCAAUUUGAACAAGAACAGAAAGAUUUUCCUCGAAGGGAGAACAAUUUUUUCAUCUUCAAUGGGAAGAGGAAAAUGUAUGAGAGUACGCUGCAGGAACUGAAGAACUUCACCACCGCCGGUAACCCUUUUACGGCAGACUCACCGCAGAAACAAGAAUGCAGCUUAACCCUACGGGAAAAUGAGAUGUUAAAAUCUGUUUAUGAGAGCCAAAGUUCAAUGCUAGAGAAAUUGGCAGCUAAGAAGAGUAAGCUUGAUAAGAAGUUGAAGAAAAUAAAGGCUUGGAGGACUGUAUCAAAUGUAAUUUUUGUUGUGACUUUUACUUCUGUUCUGAUAUGCUCUGUUUUGGCUACCGCGAUUGCUGCACCGCCGGUUGUGACUGCGUUGGCAGCUGCGGCUGCGUUGCCGAUGGGGACGAUGGGUGAAUGGAUGAAUUCCCUUUGGAAGAAGUAUGAGAAUGAUCUAAAAGGACAGAGCGAGGUAAUGACUUCAUUAGAACGUUGGACUUGCAUUGGGAAAUGUGACUUGGACCAUGUUCGAGUACUCGUGGAUAGAUCGAAAAUUGAGAUUGAGUCACUCUUGCAUAAUGCUGAUUUCGCUGUUAAAAAAGAGACGGCUGUGAUACUGGCUAUGGAUGAGAUGAAGAAGAAGCUGGACGGGUUUAUGAAAUCCAUUGACGAUCUGAGUAAACAUACCGAAGACUGUAGCCGUGAUAUAAUGGAGGGGAGGAUGAAGAUCUUGGAUACCAUUUUCAAACAUCACAAGUGA